AUGGCUUCUCAUCUUCCAGUCAUUGAUCUUUCUCUAUUUGGAGACAAAGAAAAUCUUUCUGAUCUGGAAGGAAAUAAUGAGCUGAAAAAACUGAGAGAGGCUUGCCAAGAGCUGGGUUUCUUCCAUGUAGUAAACCAUGGAGUGGACAAAGCUCUUAUUGAGAAGAUGGACUGUGCUUCCAGAGAUAUGUUCUCCCUGCCAGAGGAGGUGAAAAAAAGAGCUAUUUUUCCCACUCCUAGUGCAGGUUAUUCCACACCCACUUUAGAAGUUGAUGGAAAAGAUUCAAUGCCUGAGAGCAUGCAUUUCCCUGGUCAAAGUGUUCUACUCAAUUCACUUGAUCAGGUCUGCACCAAGCUAUGGCCUCAUGGAAACCACCACUUCAGGUUGUUAUUCAUGGAUGAAAAGGAGCCUCAGAAUGGCUAUAAGACCUCUAAGGCUCAUACAGACAUUGGCAUUCUUACAAUUUUGUAUCAAGAUAAUGUUUGGGGUCUUCAAAUCCGAACAAAAGAAGGCAGUUGGAUUGAUGUUAAACCUCUGAAAAGAUCAUUUGUUGUUAACCUUGGAAAUUGUUUACAGAUGUGGAGUAAUUGUAGAUACCAUAGUGCAGAACAUCGUGUUGUGUAUGGAGGGUUGAAACAAAAGGUGGAUCGAUUGUCCUUAGCCUUCUUUAAUAUCUUUGAAAAGAAGGCAAAAAUUAAGGCUCCUGAAGAGCUUAUAAAUGAAGAACAUCCGAAAAAGUAUAAUGUUGCAAAGUUUGGUGAUAUCAUUGCACAAUAUGUCCAAUUAGGCCCCAAACAGAGUGGAUCUAACUACUUCUUAAUAUAA